AAUCCAAAGAUGGACUUUAGCAAAACUGAUCUCCUCAAACUGCUGAGCUACUUGGAAGGUGAGCUCCAAGCCCGAGACGUAGUCAUCGCCGUACUUAAGACUGAAAAAGUCAAACAACUACUCAACACUGCUCGAUAUAGCAAACCCACUAACCUAAACGAUCCUCACGCGGCACUCUACCGCGACAACUUGGCCUCCAGUGGGAACAUCGCCAGCCGACAGUCAUCCAUUCAGGCGGCAUAUUCCGAGCACGAGAUGCGACUGCUAAACGACCAGCGAUUGGGUGUCAAAGAACAGAUGGAUUCUCUGGCGGCGCUUGUGAUGCAGCAGCGACAGACUCAAGCCAAAAUGGUCGAAGUACUGAAAGAUGCCGAAGAACGAUACAAAAAAGUUGUUCAGGAACUAGAAGACGAACGACGGAAGCAUGAACACACCACUGCCCAAGGGGACGACAUUACGUACGGGUUAGAGAUCGAACGGUCACGGUUGAAGCAGGAAUUGGAGCAUGAGAAAGAGCAACGAAAAGUGACGGAAUUGGAGCUACAGAAAAUUCAGGAACAGUUCGAAGCGGAAAAAAAUCGCCAGAAGCAGAUAGUACUAUUGCUCCUAGCAGAGAGAAAGAAAAUUAUUAUAAAAUAUAUAGAAGAGCGAAAGCGGAGUGAGGAUUUGGCACAGAUCUUGUCCGAAGAAAAAUUGCGAGUGGACACAAUAGCCGAAGGCCUUGAGGAAGAAAGCAAAAAGUCGCUCCGGAUGGAAGCGGAAUUGGAGACGCAAACUCAGCAAUUCGAUUUGGAGAGGAAAAUGUUGCACCAAAGUCUGGGCAAGGAGGAGAAGCGGAUCAAAGAGCAAGAGAUCGAAAUUCAGCAGCUGAAGACAGAAUUGGAAAUGCUGAGGAAACAGACUGGUAUUCGCCAUCCGAUCGUUGCCCCGCAGCUUCCUACCAAACCAGGCGGUCUAAUGCCUUCGAGGCCAUCAAUAGGAGGGGUCCCACUAGCAUCAGCUGGUUCUGCGGCGUCUGCUACCACAGCCGCUUCCUCUGCUGCUGCUGCUGCCGCCGUUAGUGGACCUGCUGCAGCCUCGGGCCCUGUAUCCGGUGUUGGGAUUCUACCGCAUGGCGCCGCCGCAAUGAUCAGUAGUGUGGCCACCAAGGUGGUCCAGCCAACUGCUACGGUUUCUAGCGUGCCAGUUUCCGGACCAACAACUGGAAUCGCUCGUUCUGUGUCGCCCGGGCAACUUAUCAGACAAACCGCCAUCUCACAGCUGUCGAUAACGUCUCCACCGUUGGGACCUCCGGGAGCGAAUGCCGCACCGGUGGCACCGUCUCCCGAAACGUACGCCAACACGGUCACACCCAGCAAGAUGGCCACCGUUCGAAAGGCGUCAGCAUCGCCAGCGGGAAGUCCAGCCGGAAUUAUGGUGGGAGGACCCACCGCGACUAUCAAGAAGACAAUAAUUCCGUCGGUCGGAGGACGCGGUGUACCGCCUCCGAUUCCGCCAAACAAACCGCAGAUACCGCCAAAGCUGUCCGGAACAUCGGCCGCUGCUGCCGUAGCUGCCGCCGCCGUAUCAUCCCGUAUACCAUUUCUGAGCAAUAGCAAUCACACCAAUAGCCACAACAGUAGUAUCAGUUUAGCCAAUAGUAGUAGUAGCAGUAGCGCCGUCGGUUCACCAUCGAUACCUUCGCCAUCUUCCGUGUCCUCACCACUGUCAUCACUAUCAUCAUCACCAUCACCGUCCUCAGCAUCACCUUCUUCCUCUACUACGCUAGCUAACAGUGCUUCCGUGGCGCCCCCCGCCGGGUCAGUGUCAGUGGAUCGGUACCGCACACAAAUAAUCUUAUCGCAUCUUCAACAGUUGCCAACAACAAUGCCGCUGGAGUCUCAGCAUCACAGGCCUCAGCCGCCACCACCGUCUCUGGCUCAGCAGCCCCAGGCUCAUCCACCACACCACAAAAUUUUGCGACGUCAGUCGCAUCUGCAUCCGUUUCAACCGCAGCAGAAAUACUGA